GAGAUCUCUGCCUAUAAAUCUAAUUUGAAGGGAGAGGGGAGGAAGAAAGAGGUGUUGAGUUAGCGAAGCAGAGGCAGAGACCGAAGAGGGAAAGAGAAGAAGAGGAAGAUGAAUACGAAUCGGAAUAUGAUGGUGCUCAGCGCCGAUGAAUCCAAGACUCUCUUCUCACUCCUCAAAGCCAAUCAACGCCCACUCAUUGACAUCUUUUCAGACUUCAACUCCGCCUUCUCCCACUCUCAACGCCAAUUCAUUGCUUGCUUCUCCCUCUGCACGCUCUUACAGGACAAGAAGAUGCUUAAAUCCGCUCAACGGUUGAUUGCAUUCUCCAUUCUUCAUCAGGCAUAUUCUUCCCAGAAAUCUUCUGCAAAUCCGUUCAUAACUCUAAUCAUAACUGCUGCAUCUAAUGAUGAUGCUGAAAAAUAUGAGAGGGCAUUUCUUCUCCAGCUAUUAGGUUUUGAUGGCUCUAGUGAUGGAAAAGAGAUUCUUAAACAGUCUGCUGAAGAUUACAUCGAAAGUUUUGAUCCUUCACUACAUGCCUUCCCUCAACUAGAACAGUUGAAGCAGCAGUAUUGUGAUAAAGUUCAUCCAGAACCAUAUAAUUGUCCAUUUAAGGAUGGUUCAGUCAAAAAUGUAGUGCCAGAUCCUGAUGUGCCCCGUGGUUGUGAUCCUAACUCAUCAGAGCUUGAUCUGCAACAUGGAGCUAAACCUAAAAUUGGAACUGGAGAUAGAGAUGAGACUCUGAUUGCUCUGCUGUCAAGUUUGUCACUGGAAGGGUUAGGUCCACAGUGGAGCAGGCCUAUUCCACCAAGACUACCAGUUCAGGAUGGUGAACUUGUGUGGCUCAAUCCUGGUGACAAUCAUGACCUUCUAUGGGACUAUGGUAUGUGUGUUGAUACUAGCAGAGGGACAGCAGUAAGGGACUUAAUUACAAAAGCUUUGAAGGGACCACUAGCACCAGCACAACAAGAGCAAGUCUUGAGGGAGUUGGCUAAUGAUCCAAAACUUGUAUAUCAUUGUGGGCUGACACCAAGAAAGCUACCUGAAUUGGUGGAAAAUAAUCCCCUUAUUGCGGUUGAUGUUCUUACUAAGUUGAUAAAUUCCCCUGACAUUCCAGAUUAUUUUACAGUUCUUGUCAAUAUGGACAUGAGUCUUCAUUCAAUGGAAGUUGUCAAUAGGCUUACAACAGCAGUUGAACUUCCCUCUGAGUUCAUACGAAUGUACAUAACUAAUUGUAUAUCAUCAUGCGAGAACAUCAAGGACAAGUACAUGCAGAACAGACUUGUAAGGCUUGUAUGUGUUUUUUUGCAAAGCCUUAUCCGAAAUAACAUUAUUAAUGUCAAGGAUCUUUUCAUCGAAGUUCAAGCUUUCUGCAUUGAGUUCUCACGGAUUAGAGAAGCAGCUGCAUUGUUUAGGCUUCUAAAGUCCUUGGAAUGAAUGAACUUGUGUUUGAUGCUUGUCUCUUGGGAAAGGAAAUUAUGUUCUUCUUCUUCAGUUUUACCUGAUAUUCUUCUACCUGUACAUAUGAAAGUUUUAAUUUAGAGGCUAGAUGGUAGUAAGAGAUUGGAACCCAGGAAUUUGAGAGUUGGAAGUAUUUAUUUAACCAAAGUUUAAAAGAUUUUGAACAGAAUGCCAGAUCAGAUCAGAUGGGUGACCCAUUGCAAGGUGCAGUUGUAAUCUAUUUUGGUAGACACUGAGAAAGGGUAUUUAAACUUGAGUUCCUUUCAUAAAAAUAUUACUUUUGACUAGCA